CAUCCGGACCCCGGAAACUGGACUAGCCAGGAGAAAGCAACGUGAGCUCGUUGUGAUCAAUUCCUAUUAUACAUCCAGGUAGUAGCUACGUGUUUUGCAAACUGAUUAUUCAGUACAUAGUAUCGAAAAGUAUUUUUUUUUAUUAAAAAGGCAUAACCGUAUCCCCGUAGUCUAAAUAGUGUGUCUUAAAAUAUCACAUCGGUGAAUGUCCAGUGAGAUGUCGAUACCUUCGUCUUUGGCUCUCCAACAAGUUUUGAGGAAAAGCUUUCAGCACUUGGAAACCAAUCAGAAAACAUGGCACUCUGUGUUGGCCGAGUGCACCCCUUUGGUAGGGUCUGUAGGAAAUCUGGCUCAGCAGCUGCGAGCUCUCUCCAACGUGAACAUCUCCAACACACCACUUCAAGCCUUCCCUGACCUACAGCAACGUCUGCAUUUCAAGCUUGUCCUGGCAUUGGAUAUAGUGCUGGAGAAACUCAAUGAAAAACUGGUUUUGCUGCAGUCCGUGAGGGACUCGCACAGUAACCAGCUCACGGCAGUCUUUCAGCUGUAUGAGAGGGACGCAGACACUCUGGAUCUGUACACCUGCACCCAGAGGUCUCCUGUCGCCCCGUCCAUCGCUGACAUGCUAGAGUGGCUGCAGAAUGCAGAGCUUUACUACAAACAACAAUUUCUGAAAAGAAAGACUUUGUUACACAGCCUGAUGCCCGACGAUCUCUCACUACUGGAAUCAACUCCCGAGAGAUGGGACUCUCUAGAUACAUCUAGUGGUGAGGAAUAUAUUACAGAUACCCUUUUCCGGGUCUCUUUCUUUGUGGAGUCAAACAAAGGAGAGUAAGAAGAAUGUGUCACCUAGGAUGAAAAUCUAUUGUUUACCCAUGUUUACAUUGGUCCGAAUCUGAUGUGAAAUUGUAUUCUUAUCAAAGCUGGAAUUUUGUAUAAGGAUGGACAAAAAUGUAAAAGGUCAUGGGGUUUUCCGGACAAUGUGAAAGGAAAAGAAUUACAAUUUCUAAAACACUGUUCUCGUAAUUCCAUGGCUGGAAUAAAGUUUUUCUCAGCAAAACUG